CCCAUUCAGUUAUCCGUCAACGCUACGGUGGUGUAUGUCCUUCGUUGUUGUUGUUGUGGCUUGAAAUUAUUUUUGUAUUUCUUUAUUCUCGGGUGUUCAUUGUGUCUUUACAGCCGCCGUCGCCGCCCAUACAGUGUUUUAUCGUCGCCAUGGCGUCCGAUUCGCGUUUGUGAUAUAACCGUAUUCGGUUAACUUAUAUUGCAGUGUUUCGGGUGUUGUGUGCAUAAUUCGUUUAUUUCACAUUAUAUUGUUAUUGUCGUGUUAAGUAGUGUAAACGAAGUCUGAAGAAAAAAAUAAUUCUAAUUUCUAAGUGCGACGGUUAUUAAACUUUUUUUAAUCAACAUGGAUGGUAGUGAUACUGGUGAUUCAAAAUCCGGGUGCGGUUGUAGCGCUACGGCCACCUCUGUUAAUAAUAAUAAUGAUGGGACGGCAGUCGGUACGACGGCCGCGACCGCUGCUGCCGCUCAGCAACAACAACAACAGCAACAACAUCAUCGGCAGCGAACUAUCGGCGAUCCCGGCACGAUCCCUUCAACGGACGAUACAUCCGAGAUUACUAUUACCGUAUCGCCCACUACAGGAGGUCAGUUCGACCUAUCCGUGCUCAAAACCGACUCCGUGGAGAGCCUGAAAAAAGUGAUUUCUAAACGUUUAAGAGUACCUAAAGAGCGGAUAUGUCUGCUGUACCGAGAAAGGCAACUAAGAGACGGUUCUUUGGACGACAACCAGUUGAUGCAAGGAAGCCGGCUCACCCUAUUACCUAGCGUCGAAACCGGUCUUCUGGUCCAAAGACCAGAACAAAGUGUGAUGCAAGCGUUGGAAAGCCUAAACGACUCGCAGGUGAACGAUUUCCUGUCGGGCAAGGCACCAUUAAAUUUGACUAUGCGUUUAGGCGAUCACAUGAUGCUCAUACAAUUGCAACUGUCCACUGUGUCGUCGUCAGGGACGUCGAAACGACCACAAUCCGGUGCCCCUACAGUGGCCACUGGCACAGCCGCGUUGAACGCAUCAACUGUAGCACCCGAACCACCACAGACCACGGCCACAGCUGCUACAGCAUGCUCGGCCGGUAACAUCAUUGGCACCCCUAGACUGAUACCCGGUGUGGACGCUUAUCCCAUUACUCGCGUCCGCAACGUGUCCGAUGACAGUGACGAUAACUCGAUGGACACCUCAGAAGAGACGCCGACUGCCGUCUCCCCCACGACUACUACCCCCCCUAUUACCUUGGCGCCCCCGACAUUGGUAACAGCCGCGCCCGUUGAGGCGCCUGUACCACCAGCUCCCACGCCCACCCCGUGUUCGUGCGAUGCUAGUACGUCUACAUCGACUACCACUGGCACCACUGGCACGGGCGAAAAACCUCAGCUGGACACCAGGGCAUUAGCCGAAGCUUCCCGAAAUCUCACUCAAACUCUGAAACAACUUUCAUCGGAGGUCCUUACCACAAAAAGCGGUUCCAAAGAGAUGCACAUAGGAUUCAAGCGAAGGCCAGGCGCGAUAAUCGAGAGCAUGCAACACCAUGGAAAAGGCGUAUACUCCGGCACUUUUUCUGGUACAUUGAAUCCAGCCCUGCAAGAUCGUUUUGGUCGACCAAAACGCGAUAUCAGUACUAUAAUUCAUAUACUCAAUGAUUUGCUGUGUGCUACUCCACAGUACAGGGCGGCAGCAAGAUCGGGUACACCAGCUGUAUGCACAGCCACAACACUUCCUCCGACAGCUUCGACUACACAAAACGCCACACCAUUUGCUGGCACAAAUUCCAUGUCUGCUCAUCAUUCAUCCGCACCUGACUAUAAUGAAAAUGAUUCCAAGGAGAAUGCAGCCACACGUGGAAAAAUGGAGCGCUUACGUUUAAUAAUGGAAGAAAAACGUGAGAGACGUAGAGCCGGUCGAAGCGUACCUUAUGAUAAGAGCAAAUCAGGAACCCAAUGGUCAGCCAAAUCGGAAACACAGAGCGUAGCACCAACAGAUCCAUCUGUCGAUCCAACAUUGCCGCCUGAACAAGUCGUUGUGUGAAAAGCUCUGUGCGGAUAUUUAAAAUAUGUGAUAUAAUAAAUAAAUCCCCACCAUGUUUUUUUUUUAAGACAUUUAAUAUCUAUUAGCUUAUAUGGUCAGUUACACUUUAGGGUGCAAUAUUUUUAAUUUUUGUAAAUACAAAUAAAGAAUUCCCUUCUAUCUAGCACCAAAAAUGAAACAUUGAUGAUAUUUAUGUAUGUAUAUUUCCUCUUCAUUUUAUCUUUAUAAAUAGAUUAACACCUCUUAGACAAUUUCGUAUCUAUUGUCCAUGAUAUAACAUACAAAUUUAUGUAAAGAUAUUGUAUAGAAUGAUGUUUAUAUUUAUAUAUACCUAAUUUGUUUAAGUGAAUUUUUUUUAAUAGGGAUUUUAUGUUGGAUAAAUUUAAAUAAAACAAAUUGCGAUUUAUUACCUCAUUUUUCGUGAAUGUAAACAAUUAUAGACGUUUUUAGAAAUAUAAAAAUUAGUUAAAAAAUUUUGUCUUGUCAAAUUCUAAAUGACAGUAAAUGUAAAUAUUAUUGUAAAUCACGUUUACUGAAUAUUGGUUUUCGUGUAAAUAAUUAUAAUAUAAAAAUGAAAAACUAAAAAAAUAUGUAUAAUGUAAUGCUUAAAGAUUGAUUAUUUAUUUAGGGUAAUUUUUAAUUUGUAUGAGGAGAAUAAUUAUUUAAGUUUUGUUUGACCAAUAGGGUUUUUUUUUCACAGUUUCAGCUUAGAUUCAUUAAUUAAACAUACUAUAUUAUUUUUAAAUUAAAUUGUUUUUGUUAAUUUGUGUAUUUAAAAAUAAUAAUUGACUGGUUUUCUUUAUUACAUUUUUUUUUUUUUUACAUAGUUAAUUAUAUUUUCUGCUUUAAAACUAAUAAUGACAUGUUGUACACAAUGUUUUUGUAAAAAUAAGAAAUAAGUAAUUGUUUAUUAAAAUAUGAACAUCUGUUGUUUA